AUGACCCCGAAGUUCGGGGGCUUCGGGAACCGAUGGGGCAGCAAACAGGUGCAGAAGCCUACGGGCCUAAGUCCCGCGGAGCAAGCACUGCGUGAAUCGAUAGUCGAAAGGAACAAGCCGUCUCCUGUACUAGAGCCAGAGCCUCCAAAACAAACGGGAUCAAGACAGAGAGUCCCGGGCACAAACCAAUACAUCGGCGCACGUCGUAAUGACCGCGGUGCCACCUACAACCGACCAAAGUCGGGCACGGCAGCGGAGAAAUCGGCCCAGGACAAACCUCCGGGCAAAACCAAUUGGAAAUGUCCCUUGUGCGCCUCGCGUGUUUUUAAGAAGUUCGAUCAGUGUCCAUCUUGCAAAACCCCUCGACCGGCAUAUACGGCUCCGCUAAAGACUCCACCUGCAAAGGCUCAAAACCCGAAGGACGGGCGGUACAAGUGGGAUUGGAACUGCCCUGGGUGCAAGAAGGUUGUUUUUGGAUGGAAGAAUAAAUGCCCCACCUGUGGUCACGAAUCGCCCAAAACGCAAGCGACGCGCGUGCAGUCGAUGAACGGGAAACCGGCGGAAGCGGCCAAAUACCGAGAAUUAGGUCGAUCAGUUCUGGCCGACCACGAGGAAACGACUCGCGAUGAGCCAUCGCAGGAUACACGGGGAGAUGCCGAGGUGAACCCCCAGGAGAAAACAGAAACGGCAGAAAGGACAGAAAAGGCAGAGAAAGAAAAGAAAUCAGAGAAGGAUCAGAAGGAUCAAUGGACCUGGGAUAUGUCUGCCUUGGAGAAGAUGGAAGCGGUGGAAGCCCAAGCCCAAGCAGAUCUUCAAAAGAAGCCGAAGCGUCGCGACGACCGCAAGGGACGUCAAUCCGGGUCCAAGGACGCUGACUUUGAUGCCGAUGACCGUAACCGCCGUCGUGACGAGCGCAAGCGCAAGAAGAAUGACAGGGCAUCCAGGAAGGUGGAAGAGUCAGCUCCAGCACCGCUCUAUCUACCCGAAUUCAUCAGCGUCAGCAAUCUGGCAGACGUCAUUGGCGUACGACCCGCUCUGUUUGUCGCUCGCAUGGAAGACAUGGGCUUCGAGAAUGUCACCUAUGACCAUGUGCUGGAUGCAGAGACCGCGGGCUUGGUGGCAGCCGAAUUCAAUUAUGAGGCUAUCUUCGACCAGGGAUCCGAGGAUAUGAAGGCGGCACCCCUGCCUGAGGAUACAUCUAACUUGCCAUCCCGGCCACCAGUGGUGACUAUCAUGGGUCACGUUGAUCAUGGAAAAACCACCAUUCUGGAUUGGCUGCGCAAGUCAUCCGUAGCGGCCGGCGAGCACGGUGGUAUCACUCAGCAUAUUGGUGCCUUCUCCGUGGCGAUGCCCUCUGGGAAGAUGAUUACUUUCCUGGAUACUCCUGGUCAUUCGGCUUUCCUGGAAAUGCGCCGUCGCGGUGCCGAUGUUACUGAUAUUGUGGUGCUUGUGGUGGCCGCUGAUGAUAGUGUCAAGCCCCAGACUAUUGAAGCUAUCAAGCACGCCACACAAGCUAAUGUUCCGAUUAUUGUCGCCAUCAGCAAGAUCGACAAGGAGGGUCGCAACCCGGAUAAAGUCAAGCAGGAUCUCUCUGUUCACGGCGUUCACGUGGAAGAAUAUGGCGGUGAUGUACAGGCCAUUGGCGUGAGUGGCAAGACCGGAGUGGGCAUGAUUGAACUCGAGGAGGCCAUCGGAGCUCUCUCCGAGAUGCUUGAUCACCGCGCUGACACCGAGUGCAAUGCCGAGGGAUGGGUCAUCGAGGCAACAACCAAGAGCUACGGCCGAGUAGCAUCUGCUCUUAUCCGUCGCGGUACCUUGCGGCCGGGCGAUAUCAUUGUGGCUGGAACUACCUGGGCUCGUGUGCGUACCCUGCGCAACGAGGCUGGUGUGGCUAUCAGCGAAGCUACUCCAGGCAUGCCAGUCGAAAUCGAUGGCUGGAGAGAGCAACCGGCUGCGGGCACUGAGAUUCUGCAAGCGCCCACUGAGCAGAAGGCCAAGGACGUUGUGGACUACCGCUUGGAGCGGUCGGAGACCGCAAAGAUGGGCGAGGACAUGGCUGCCAUCAACGAAUCACGCCUUGAGAAGCGCAGACUCGAGAACGCGGACGAAGCUGCCGACAAGGUCUCAGAACCUACCGGCCCUAAACCCGUCAACUUUAUCAUCAAGGCCGAUGUUGACGGCUCUGCAGAAGCUGUGCUGAACUCCAUCGCCGCCAUCGGUACCAAUGAGGUGUAUGCCAAUGUUCUCCGUUCCGGCGUGGGCCCCGUGGGUGAGUUCGAUAUCGAGCAUGCGGCUAGUGCCGACGGUCUCGUCAUCUCGUUCAAUAUGCCCAUUGAUCCCAAUAUGUCGCGUAUGGCCGAGUCCCAGGGAGUGGAGAUUAUGGACCACAACAUCAUCUACAAGCUUAUCGACGACGUCAAAGCCGUUCUCAGUGAGCAGCUCCCGCCGACAGUCACUCAGCGUGUGACCGGUGAAGCGGAAGUGCAGCAGGUGUUUGAGAUUACCGUCAAGGGACGUGAUAAGACCGCCAUCGCAGGAUGCCGUGUUCGCAACGGUAUGAUCAACAAGGCUCGGAAGGUCAGAGUGAUCCGGGGCAACGAGACGAUCUACGAUGGCAUAAUGACCUCUCUUAAGAACGUCAAGAAGGACGUGACUGAAAUGCGCAAAGACACCGAGUGCGGCAUCGGCUUCGAGGACUGGACCGAUUUUGCAGUCGGCGACCACAUUCAGUGCUACGAAGAGACCUACGAGAAGCGCUUCCUGUGA